AUGUCUUGGCGAAAAGGCAUUGAAAAAGAUUUGGAUGAAGUUGUACAAAUUGAUACCGUUUUUACGAAUGUUUCAAAAGGAGAGGCUGCUAAAAAGAGUGAUCUCUUGAAAUAUUUCAACACAUCGGACACGAGAGAAGUUUGCAAAAUUAUUUUGAGAGAAGGAGAAUUGCAAGUGAGUCCUAAAGAGAGAGAAUUAAUGUAUGAAUCCAUGUUUAAAGAUAUUGUUACCAUCAUCACCAACAAGUGUAUCAAUCCCGAUACACAAAGACCAUAUCCUGGAGGGGUUAUUGAAAGAGCACUCAAAGAACAAAUUCACUUCUCAGUCAAACCAAGUAAAAGCACAAAACAACAAGCAUUGGAAGCAAUCAGAAAAUUGAAAAAGAAAAUUCCAAUUGAGAGAGCACAUAUGCGUUUGAAAUGUACAGUAUCUGGAAAAGAAAAUGUAAGAAAAUUGAGACAGCUCUUCAAAAAUUCAAACAAGGAAGAGGAACAAGUGAAAAUUGAAAAAGAUGAUUAUGAUCAGGAUAGCGAGACUGCAAACAUUGUUUGUCUUGUAGAUCCAGGUCUUUAUAGAGAUAUUUUUGAUUUGAUUCAAGAUGAUGGAGAAGUUCAAGUGUUAGACACUGCUGUUUCUGAAGAAGGUGACACUACUAUUGACGAAAUUGAAGAGGCAGAGGUCGAAAAUAAGGCUGAUCAUCAAGAGGAAAGUACAGAACCUGUCGAAGAACAAGAUGACGAAGAGGAAAAUCUUUCAUCUAAGAAAUCUAAAAAGAAGGAAGCAGCUGUGGAAAGUGAUAGCAAACAGAAAAAGUCAAAGAAAGAAAAGAAAACCAAAGCGACAGCUGAGGAGGUGGCCAGUGACGAGGAAGAGACUACCACAAAAAAAAUCAAGAAAAAAUCAAAAGCACAAAAAGAGGAAAGUGACGAAGAGUUUGAAGAAACUUCCAAGUCUUCUAAGAAUGUAACGAAUCACAUUGAGAGCGAUGAAGAAAAUGAAGACUCCUCUGUGAAAAGGUCAAAUAAGAAGGACAAAAAGAAGUCUAAAAAGAAUAAGCAGCAAAAGAACAAUUCAGAUGAUGAACAGCCCUCCAAGAAAGGAGAUGAAGAGGCGCUAAGUGACAAUGCAGAGGAGGUGCACAGUCAGCCAAAAAAGCCAAGCAAAAAAGAGCUAAAAAAGGCAAAGAAAAACAAGCAAACCUUAACAGAAGAGGAAGGGCAAGAAAGUUCAGACGAAGACGAACAAGCACCAGUUGCAAAAACAAAGUCUCAUCAACCACAGUCAUCAACAAACAAUAUUGAAGAAAAUGAAAUAGAAGAAAACAUUGAAAUUCCAAAAACAAAACCCACGAGAAAAGAAAGAAAAAAGAAAGGAAAUAAGAAGAACGUGGAAAGUGAUGACGAAUAA